AUGAAUCAGCCAGUAGGAGACCAACAGGUCGAUCAGGAAGUCGAACUUGUCCCUGAGGAUGAGCUUUCAGACGAAAAUGGGGUGGAAACCCAUAGUCUUGGCUCGUCAACCACUAGCUUAGCCGACUCAAUCCGCGACUAUGUCUUCGAAAAUGGCAGAACAUACCAUCGCUACAAGGAAGGGAAAUACAGCAUGCCAAACGACGAACGUGAGAACGAUAGAAUGGACAUGCAACAUCACAUGUUCCUCAUGACACUCGGCGGGCGUCUGGGUAUCUCUCCGCCUUGUCAGCCGGGUGCGCAUAUUCAACGUGCUCUCGACGUAGGCACUGGCACUGGCAUUUGGGCCAUCCAAUAUGCAGAAGAUCAUCCCGAGGCCGAGGUGUACGGCGUAGAUCUGUCUCCAACCCAGCCAGAUUUCGUCGUACCAAACGUCAAAUUUGAAAUUGACGAUAUCGAUGAGGAAUGGACCUACUCGCAACCGUUCGACUACAUCCACAGUCGCUUCAUGACUUCUAGCAUUUCAAGCUGGAAAUAUAAUCUCUCCCCUGGAGGCUAUGUCGAACUCCAAGAGGCCGAGAUGGACCCCCAAGCGGAUGACGGCUCGUUUCCGCCGGACUGCGCACUCGCCCGUUUCGCUAUCCUCUUAAAGGAGGCCGCCGCCAAAUUUGGCCGUGUCUUCAUCGAGCCGCCUAAACUCAAGCCAUUCAUGGCAGAGGUUGGUUUCGAGGAUGUGACCCUUGUCCGAUACAAGUGGCCGAUUAAUGAUUGGCCCAAGGACCCCCGAUGGAAAGAGCUCGGAGCUUGGAACCUCGAGAACAACCUCGGCGCUGCUGAAAGUCUUGCCAUGGCACCGCUCACCAGAGCGCAUGAGUGGAGCCGUGCUGAGGUUGAGGUGUUUCUUACGGAGGUUCGGCAGGACUUGAGAAACAGGGCUAUCCACGGAUACUUUCCACUGUAUUUCGUUUACGGUCGAAAGCCACUGUAG